AAAAUUUAAAUCAGGCCAAGGUAACAUGUUAUCAUGCGAUUGAAAGUGCAUACGACAGUCGGUGCAGUGUUUAAUAUUUCGACUACUUGAUAUUCAAAAUGGCGACAGGAGGUGUUUCUGCAGAUACCUCGGAGGAAGUGUUCGAUCAUGUUUGUUCGAUGUGUAAGGAGCAAAAUAAAAAUGUAAAUGCCGCGAAAUAUUGUGUGGACUGUCAUGAUUACUACUGCUCGGAUUGUGUUAAUAUUCAUAAAACCGUCCCUGCACUUAAAGGACAUAAAAUACUAGAUAAAGAAGUCGGUCAGGAAGGAAAACUGCCAAUGGUACCUACGGAGCGGUGUGAGAGACAUAGCUACAAGCCUGUUGAUAUGUAUUGUCAGAGUCAUCACAUUGUCGGAUGUUACACAUGUAUGGCUGUCGAUCACAGGACCUGUCAAGAUGUAUUCUACGUACCGGAAUUUUUGAAGACAAGAAAAAAUAUUGUGCCAGAAUUUCUACGACGCAUUACAAAUGUGGAAAAAAAUUACAAGAUUUCCUCAACUCCUUCAACAGAGAAGGUACUAAUUGACAGGACAACAAAGUGAAAGAGAUAGAAACAGUAAAAAAGUUUACAAAGAGGCUUGAAGAGAGGAUUAAGGAAGCAGAAAAGGAUGCGAUUGAUUUGAAAGAAAAAAGAUACACGAAAUUAAAUGAAGAGUUACAGAAGAACACCGACAAUGUACAAAAAGAAGUGAAAAAUGUUGGAUCAACGAGAGCAGUCAUUGAUUCUGCUAUCCAAAACGAGUCGCAAGCUUUUGUUUCUAUGAUAUUCGGAGAAAAGUGUGUUUCAUCUGCUAAAGAACAAUGUAGAAACGCCGAGAUGAUCAAACUUGGCAAACGAGUUAAGUUCUUACUUAAUCAACAAUGUGAAUCGCUCAUGGCAAAAAAACUUUGCCUAGGAAAAGUGGUGAGAUGUUUGCCGUAUAGUUUUGUGCGUAGUGGUGAAUUCAACAUCAAACUUAGUUCGGAUUCCUCGUCUUGUAUUAUAUAUGGUUCAUGCAUUCUUGCUGAUGGGUCUAUACUUUUCUCUGAUCGAAACAACUCCACUUUAAAUCUUAUUGAUGGUACUGCUUUGAAUGUUAUACACCAUUACAAACUGCGUUCUGAGCCAUGGGAAGUAUGCUGCAUGGAUAACAACGAAGCAGCUGUUUGUCUUCCAUAUGAGAAAAAAAUUCUUGUUGUGAAAGUUGAUCAUGAGCUUUCACUGGAGAGAUCUAUACGUGUGGGGUUCAGCUGCAAGGGAAUAUCAUUCCAUGACGAGACAUUUUACGUAGCCGAUAGCACUUGUUUGUACAUAUGCACUAAAGAUGGCGCUAUAUUAAAAUCCAUUAGCCGAGACUCGUCAGGGAUAUCAAUGUUUUCAAAUAUCUACAACGUUUCUGUGUGUAGGUAUAUCAAGCGUAUUUUUGUGAAUGAUAAACUUAAGGGUAUCGCCAGUAUCGACAUGGAUGGAAAUAUUCAGCAUGUAGUUUCAAAUGAGAUAGAGUUUGCUCGUGGAUUAACAGAAGCAGAUAAUGGGAAAGUAUUAGCAUGUGGAUAUCAUUCAAGAAACGUUAUUUUUCUGGACGAAAACGGUGAAUUUGAAAAAGUUGUCAUCAAAGACGGUUUAUAUGGACCACUGGCUCUGUGUUUCAACUGCAGCACUGGGCGUUUAUAUGUCCCUAAUAUCACUAAAUACACUGUGCAGAUUUUUGAGAUGGGUGAUAUCGAUUAAAGAACGAGUUCUUACAUCCGACUUCCUGGAUUCUGUACAAGAAUAGCGACUUGCUCCUUUCCAGCAGAUAUUUACGUUUCUAUAGAUAAAUAUACAACACCAUUUUUAAAGUUGAUAGCACAAACUUUAGUAAAGGUUAGUUACAGACAACAAAAACUUUGUGCGCAUAGUAAGAGAUAUGUUUGCAUGUGGAUAUUCUUCAAAUACCGCCAUCCUUCUGAAUGGACAUGGUGCAUUAUAAUCAAAGCACUGGAAGUACUGGAGGAUCGAUUGUCUCUGAACAACACAGACUGUACACAUUAUGUGUAAAUAUCAGCGGAACCUUUUCUAGUGUAAAAAUGUACACAAAGUUUGACAUUUAACCAUAUUUGUGAACUUUACUUUUGAUGUAGGAACGGACGGCUUGCCUUUGCAUUCAGUAAUCAUAUUUCACCAUCCUAUGACCUAUCACAGCAGUAUCUUGAAUGGUAAUCGAGAAGUAGAUUUUAACAAAACUGAACUGAA